CAGGACGGGCUGGGAGGCAGAGGAUGGGCCGGGCUAGGAUAGGACAGGACGGGCUGGGAGGCAGAGGAUGGGCCGGGCUGGGAUAGGACAGGACGGGCUGGGAGGCAGAGGAUGGGCCGGGCUAGGAUAGGACAGGACGGGCUGGGAGGCAGAGGAUGGGCCGGGCUGGGAUAGGACAGGACGGGCGGGGAGGCAGAGGAUGGGCCGGGCUGGGGCCGGGCUGCGGUUAGGACUCAAAUAUGGCGGAGCGCCAUCGCCCCCCUCAGGUGGCGGGAAAGGCGCAACGGUCAUGCGCAAACGUUUAAAUCCCCCACCCCGCCCUUUCCCGCCCCUUGGGCGGUGGGAGCCAAUGGGAGGGCGGUGCUGCGCGCGCGGGCGGGCGGGCGUUGUGCGGCAUGGGCGCACUUCCGCCGCGGGCGGCCGGGGCCUAUGUACCAAUGGUUGCUGGGGGCCCUCGGCGCCCUCCUCGCCGCCGCCCGCCGCCCCGCGCCGCCCCCGGCCCCGCCGCCGCGCAAGAGGCCGCCCCCCAGCGUUCAGCUACCUGCGGAACAUCGUGACAAGGUUCAACCAAAACGUAGAAAACUAGAUUAUGGCACCUCUGAGCCUAAAGAGAACAUUGAAGAAGUUUCUGCUGCGGUGAAGUUGCCGGCUGAGGUGACAAGUGAAUGCCAGAAGGCUUCAGUCAGCAAUGCAGCUCCAAUCACAGAGUCUGCCGAAGAGACUCAGCCUGCUUCUUCUGACCCUUCAUCUGAAAGACGAGCAGGUUCUGCGCUAGAAACAGAAAUGCUGGAAAUUGAUAAAAUGCCUUGUGGAACCAAUGCCUGCUUGAAUAAGGAAACACUAUCCCUUUCUUACAAGACGAUUCCACAUUUGAGCCCAAGCAGGAAUGGCAAGCACCACGUCAAACCCGCUCCAGGUGACAUCUUAACGCUGAGGCCACCCAUUAGGGAGCGUGCUGUGCCAGAAUCCACAACUUCAGAAGGCAGCAAAAUGGGGAGGCUUUUCUGUACUGCUGAAGAGGGUGUUCAGCGAGGAGAAAAGGAGAAAUACAAACAGCUCUUGCAACUAGUAAAGGAAAAAUAUCCUAGAAGGCACUCUACCCCACAGCCCACAAGCAACCGCAAUGUUCAAGCCUACUCCAAGGAACCAGUGACGACCGAGAGUUACCUGGAAGAACAAAAAUGUGGAAAUAUCUAUCCAUGUGUGACACUAAUGACUGGUAUCAAACAGGGAGUUGUUUGCAGCCCGCAGUGGUCUCAGGGAAGCGAUAUGAUCAGGUACUACACAGCAGCAGAAAACUUUCAUGAGCAAGGAAGACCCGUGAAACAAGCGGUUGUAGUGAAACAGUAUGGAACUGAAAUCUCGAAAGAGGCAUUAUUCCAGUUGCAUUUGUCACCUGUUCCAUCUGGAAGGUCAUCUGCCCUUGGUGUGGAAGAGAAGAAACUCCCAAGCUCAGAAAAACCAGUAGAACACUUCUCAGCACUCACAGAGGCUAUGGAGAGAGAAGUCAUGGCUGCAUUUGGCAAAGGUCUGCCAGAUGAGAUCAUGAGCAGUGCCUUCAAACUCAAGGUCACCCGUGACGACAUCCACACACUAAAGAACCUUCACUGGCUAAAUGAUGAGGUCAUUAAUUUCUACAUGACUCUUCUGAUGGAAAGAAAUAAGAAGGAAGGAUAUCCAGCAGUCCAUGCUUUUAGUACUUUCUUUUAUCCCAAACUAAUUUCUGGGGGCUACAAAGCAGUAAGAAGAUGGACCAGAGCUGUGGAUCUCUUCAAGCAGGACCUCAUCUUAGUGCCCAUUCAUCUGAGAGUGCACUGGGCCCUAGUGGUCAUAGAUGUCAGAAAGAAGACCAUCAGAUAUUUUGACUCAAUGACACAAAAAGGGGACACGAUUUGUGAACGUUUAUUCCAAUACCUGCAAGAAGAAAGCCGGGAAAAAAGAAAUCUGGAGCUGACGUUUUCAGAGUGGACUCUUUACAGCAUGGGAUCACAUGAAAUCCCUCAGCAAUUGAAUGGAAGCGACUGUGGGGUUUUUAUGUGCCAAUAUGCAGAUUGUAUUUCCAGAGACAAGCCGAUCACCUUUACACAGGAUAACAUGCCUUACUUCCGCAAGAAGAUGGUGUGGGAAAUAAUCCAUCAGCAGCUUAUAUGAAACAUGCACUAUUGAGUGUAACACUGUGAUCACCUUAGGGUGACUAAACUCUUAUUUUAGUUACUUUUCUAGUAUCUUAUUUGAAAAGUCAACAGGCACACAAAUUUUCCUCUUUAGGCUAUGAAGUAGCGGUUUGGGGUUUUUUUUUGGGUUUUUUUUUUUUUCCCCCCCCAAUUCUGGAGACAGUAACUCUCUUUGAAAUCAGCUAGUGCGCCUUGAGUGCAGGCCAGAAGGAUUGCUGUGACCUCACCAAGGGAACGGUCAAGAACAGAUGCUGUGAACCUCGGAUACAGAGAUGGAUGCUCGUACCUCGGAGCACACGUGGCCACAUUAUGGACAAAUGGGACUCUCAUCUGUGGCGGUGGUAACAAUUGUGUUACCCAAACGUAUCUUCCCAAGGACAAUGUGCUGAGCUACUGUUUCCUCAAAGAGAGUUUUCUUCUGUUUCUAGAAUAUCUAUGAUCUACUUGAUUCCUAAAACUGGAUUUGUGAUGACCACAGAAAGCAAACAUUUACAGUCUUUUGAUUUGUAACAAAUCCAUAGUGAAACCCCUGUAGUUGGGGUCGGUUUGUGUUUUCAUUAUUGUUUUUGUUUUUUUCUGUCUCCAGGGAGUUAUCUAAUGUGAAGAGAGAAGUAUUUAUUUCUUUUUAUUAAAAUAAAUAUGUAACUUAUAUAAAGAGCCUUACUUGAAUGAAACUCUGGUAAUUAAAUAUAGUGAUGUUUUUUAAUUGAAAAAAA